AUGACGUCUGCUCGCCUCCGUGCUGCCGCCUCAAGCCCGACCUCUACGAGGCCGGCCUACCUCGACCCCUCCCUCACCCUGACCGACCUCUCCACCGGAGUCAACUUCGCCUCCGCUGGCGCCGGCCUCGACGACCUCACGUCGGAGUCGGCCAGGGUGCUGACCAUUGGAAGGCAGGUUGAGAUGCUUGAGGAGUACAAGGGGAAGUUGAGGGGGGCUAUGGGCGAUAAGAAGGCCGAGGAGAUUGUGAAUGGUGCGGUUGUGGUUGUGAGCAUCGGGAGUAAUGAUUUGAUGAAUAAUUAUUACGUGAGUGAUGUUAGGAGGAGGGAGUACAGCUUGGAGGCUUAUCAUGGGCUUAUGUUGCAGAGAAUGAAGUACUUUGUUGAGAGAAUAUACAAGCUGGGUGGCCGGAGGAUUGCAAUCGCCGGCCUCCCUCCCCUCGGAUGCCUCCCGUUCGUAAUGACCUUAGCCGCGUUCCGAUGGGACGCUGGCCACGCGCUCGGGCAACGAGUCUGCGUCGACCAGAAGAACGCUGAAGCCGCAGCAUACAACGCGAGGCUCCAAGAUUUGAUCAACACGAUGGCGACUUCUUUCAAGGAUGCUAAGAUUGCUUAUGCGGAUACAUACACUCCUAUGUUGUUGGAUAUGAUGAAGAAUCCUAGCAAAUAUGGAUUUACUGAAGCAAAUAGAGGCUGCUGUGGAACGGGAACAUUUGAGAUGGGUCCAACAUGUAUGUUUCCCUUCCCCACGUGCCCUGAUCCCUCCAAAUUCAUGUUCUGGGACUCCGUUCACCCCACGACUGCCACGUACACAUUCCUUGCAAAUGGGCUCGUUAAAACUGCUCUCCUCAAGAUCACCCGGUAGAGCUUAGACGUUGCAAUGCCACGUAUUAUUUUUAUAUGUAUGAGAGCAAAGUUUGUGGAUAAUAUAUACUAGGUUUUAGUCGCUGUGUAGGAAAAUUCCAAUUUUCAUUAUAAGGUGUUCUAGGAAGUCUUUCUAUAGACUGUUGAAUAACUUGUAUUAAAUUAAUCCUCCAAGAAGAUUAUAUGGAACUUAUAUAUAUAUAGAUAUAUUG